AUGAGGGGCAAGGCAAUGGAUGAAUGCAAGAAGCAAGAGAGCGAAAUCCUACAGACAUUACAAGCAUCGUGCGACAAGUGUUUGUGUGGACAGGACAGGCAUGCAAUGUCAUUUGAUGUGAUGGGAUGUGAUUUUGAUGUCAUAUGGUGUCAAAUCAAGUCGUAUCAAAUCCUCAUCACAUCAAGAUACUAUCCAUCACCAAAUAACGCACAUCAACACAUCAGCACAUCAACACAUCAGCACAUAAACACAUCAGCACAUCAACACAUCAGCACAUCAACACAUCAACACAUCAGCCCAUCAGCACAUCAGCACGCUGAAUUACAAAAACGAGGCACCAACAACUCAACCAUGCAACAGUUCAACUACAAUAACAACACAGGAACGUGA